UAAUUUCUUUGUGGUGGUGGUGGUGGAAACUUCUGAUUUCCGAUUAGGAUUGCUCUGCUCUGCUCUGCUCUGUUGUUUAGUAUUAAAAGAGUCAAAGGACAGUGAAUAGAUUUAACCAUUAUUUAACAACAUUUAAGUCAGUGUCAUCAUCAUUAUAGGCUAGUGUGGUAAAGAUAAAGUUUGUUGUUAUUUUGUUUUAGAGACGCGGCGAGGAAAUGUACCUUGGGUAACCUAAUUCCUUUGCCUCUGUUCGCUUAACGUUUUAUAUGUGACAUGCUACGCUCUUUGCACGAUUCUAGUAAUCGUGGCUCUUUGUAAUUCCUGCAUUAGGCCUACGUACUAAUUAAUAACCAUAGAGAAACUGUAUUGAAUAAUUAAUUAGUGGAAUAGUGAUUGGCUACUGAAGUUUCAUAGGCCUAGGCUAGUCCUAGUUAACAACAUGGGUGAAUUGGAGUUUAGUGAAAUAUCUGCAGAAACCAAAGGCUCUUUGACCCCUGGAAAGUUGAAGUUGUCUGAUCAAGCAAUUAGCUUCAAAAACAGUAAAACUGGAAAAGUUGAACAAAUUUUGGCUUCAGAUCUUGAAUUUGUGAAUUGGCAAAAGUUGGUAGGUCAAUGGGGCCUUCGCUUAUUCCUGAAAAAUGGAUCUCUGCACAGAUUUUUUGGAUUCAGAGAAUCGGAACAAGACAAAAUUGCCAAGUUUUUCAAAACCAGUUAUUCAUUAGACAUGUUGGAAAAGGAACUCAGUGUAAAGGGAUGGAACUGGGGUACAGCUAAGUUUGCAGGAUCAGUUCUCAGUUUUGAGGUUGGCAAUCUCUCUGCAUUUGAAGUCCCAUUGAAUAAUGUCUCACAGUGUACAACUGGCAAGAAUGAAGUCACUAUCGAGUUCCACCAAAAUGACGAUGCGCCUGUUGGCUUGAUGGAGAUGAGGUUUCAUAUCCCCGUGUCAGAGCUAGCUGGAGAUGACCCUGUUGAAGCUUUCCACAAGCAAGUUAUGGACCAAGCUAGUGUUAUUUCAGUCAGCGGAGACGCCAUUGCCAUAUUCCGAGAGAUCCAAUGCCUCACCCCUCGUGGUCGUUAUGACAUCAAAGUAUUCAAUACCUUCUUCCAGCUCCAUGGUAAAACCUUUGACUACAAAAUCCCAAUGUCAACUGUGCUACGGCUGUUUGCUCUCCCUCAUAAGGAUGGCAGGCAGAACUUCUUUGUAGUGAGUUUGGACCCUCCAAUCAAACAAGGCCAAACCCGUUACCACUUCUUGGUCUUCCUGUUUGGUCAAGAUGAUGAAACGUCAAUUGAACUUCCUUUUUCUGAAGAUGAGUUGAAAGAGAAGUAUGAAGAUAAACUGUCUAAGGAGCUGUCGGGUCCAACUUGGGAAGUCUUAGGCAAAGUUAUGCGAGCCAUAGUCAACCGCAAGAUUACAACACCAGGAGGAUUUAUUGGUCACACAGGGACUCCAGCUAUCGGCUGUUCAUACAAGGCAGCUGCAGGUUUUCUCUACCCCUUGGAGAGAGGGUUCAUCUUCAUCCACAAGCCACCCAUCCACAUCCGCUUUGAGGAAAUUUCUAGUGUUAACUUUGCUCGAAGUGGAGGAAGCACAAGGUCAUUUGACUUUGAGGUGGAGCUCAAAUCCACCGUUGUCCACACUUUCAGCAGUAUUGAGAAGGAAGAGUACACUAAGCUGUUUGACUUCAUUGCCUCUAAAAAACUGAGAGUCAAAAAUCGUGGCAAAAAUGACAAGCCGAGCUACGCAGAUGACUUUGGUGAUAGUGACCAGGAGGGGGCUCCAGACGCUUACCUCGCGCGGGUCAAGCGAGAGGCAGAGGAGAGAGACGAGGAUGACGGUGGUAGUGAGGAAGACGAGAGCACGGAUGAGGAUUUCAACCCAAACUUGGCUGAAAGUGAUGUUGCUGAAGAGUUUGACUCAAAUCCUGAACCCACAGACUCAGAUGACGACUCUGAGGCUUCUGGAGGGAGUGGUGAUAAUAAGGAAAAGAAAAAGAAGAAAGAGAAAAAGGAGAAAAAAUCAAAGUCAGCCAAAACCAUUUCUGAGAAACCCAGAAAACCCCGAAAAAAUAAAAAAGAGAAGGAUGCUAAUGCACCAAAACGUCCCCCGACUGCUUUCAUGUGUUUUCUGAAUGAAAACCGAGAGAAGAUAAAGAGAGACAACCCCGGUAUUGCCUUCCUGGACAUUAGUAAAAAAGCUGGAGAAAUGUGGAAGACUUUGGAGAACAAAAAAGAAUAUGAGGACAAAGUAGCCAAGUUGAAAGAGGAGUAUCAAGAAGCUAUGAAAGAGUAUAAAGCAACUGGUGGUGGAGCAACAUCUUCUCCCUCGGAAUCCAAGAAGUCGUCUAAGAAGCCCAAGUCAUCCCCAAGGAAGUCAUCAGCAUCAGCUGGUGACAUGGGCAGCGGAACUAAAUAUAUCAGCAAAGAGUUCAUUGAAAGUGACAGCAGUGAUAGUGAUUCUGACAAAAAAUCAAAAAAAAAUGGAAGCAAACCAGCAGCAAAAUCAAAGGAAAAGAGUGAUAGCAGUAGUGGAGAAGAUGACGAGUCAGAAGAAGAGAAAGAGGUUAAAAAAGAAGAGAAGAAAGAUAAGAGUAAAAAGACUGAAAGUGAAGAUGAUGAAAUUGAUGAACCAGAAGAAAGUACACCACCUACAAGUGAAAACGAAUCUGGCGGCGACUCUGACAGUGAUUGAAAUUAAAUCUUUUCAGGAGCUAUCUCAUUGAUAAAGAUGUAGACUGAUUAAUUAAUUGUGUCUCAUUAUCAGCCUAAAGGAAGUAUAUUGAUUGAGAAAUAUUGUUCAUUUUUCCAUCAGUUUGGGGCAAUGUUGAUGACAUGCCUUAUCAUCACUUAUGAACACAUUAAUUAAUUUUGUAUUACACUGUUUGUACUAUCUUUUUUUAUGUCUGAAGAAGUGGUGCAUUAAAAUAAUAAAUAUGUUUUUUGCAAA